UGCAGAGAAUCACAGGGGGACCUCUCUCUUGUUUCCUCUCUCGCCUUCUUGUUGUUUUUUUUUAACCCAGCUUCUCUAAAAACUAGACUCCAAUUUUUCUUCAACACAAUAUCGGAUUGAAAGCCCGGCGCAGUUUCAGCAUGCCACUUGUUUUCAGAAUAAACUGCUAUUAUCGCAAUUUUUCACUCGAAUACCCUCGUCUUUUUGUCAUCCACGGUGAAUUUAGCCCAGGUCUGACCCAGUUUUAGUGCUUUAGCCUUCACAGCAUCCCAUGUGUUAGUGCGAGCCGCCAGUGGAGAUGUUUUCGGCAGGAGAGGAGGUUAAUUCCCAUUUGUUUACCUCACUGAAGGAGUCCCCUGGAGCUGCAAUCUCCCCAACACUGGAGCUCAGUCUGACAACCAUCUACACUGUCCUCUACUCUUUCCUGUUUGUUUUCGUUUACCUGCAGCUCUGGCUUAUUUUGCACUACGGACACAAGCGCUUCAGCUACCAGAGCGUGUUUUUGUUUCUGUGUUUGCUGUGGGCAGCGCUGAGGACGACCCUCUUCUCUUUCUACUUUAAAAAUGUGGUGCAGGCCAACCAGCUGCAGCCUCUGGCCUACUGGCUGCUCUACUGCUGCCCCGUAUGCCUGCAGUUCUUCACCCUCUGCCUGCUCAACCUCUACUUCACACAGGUGAUGUUUAAAGCUAAAGCCAAGUAUUCCCCAGAGCUCACCAAGUACAAGGUUCCUCUGCGUUUGUUCUUCCUGUCUCUCAGUAUAUUUUUCCUGGUGGUGAAUCUGACUUGUGCGUUGUUAGUGCAAGGAGCUCUGGAGCGCUCAGAAUCGCCAAGUGAUGGGGGGAUCAGACAUGCAGUCCUGGCCCGUGUCCUGAUCAACGACAGUCUCUUCGUCUUGUGCGCCAUCUCUCUGGCCGUCUGCAUCUUCAAAAUUGCCAAGAUGUCCUCAGCCAACGUUUACCUGGAAUCUAAGGGUACGUCUGUGUGCCAGGCCACCGCCAUAGGAGCCAUGGUGAUUCUCCUCUACACAUCCAGAGCCUGUUACAACCUGGUGGUGGUGGCUCUGUCGCCACAGGACAGACCUAGCCCCUUUAAUUAUGGCUGGUACAGCGUAUCUGACCAGGCUGACGUGCAGGAGAUCAGUGGUGAAGCCUACAUCGUGUUUGGGAUCAUUUUGUUCUUCUGGGAGCUGCUACCGACCAGCUUAGUGGUGGUUUUCUUCAGAGUCCAGAGACCCAACCAAAACCUGGCUCCAGGAGGGAUGAUCAACAGCCACAGUUUCAGCUCCAGAGCUUAUUUCUUUGACAAUCCUCGACGGUAUGAUAGUGACGACGACCUGUCCAGAAGCAUUAACAGUAGGGCUGAUCGAGCCAGCCUUCUCUCCACCACUCCCCAGCUGGGUGCAUCCAGUUGGUAUGGCUCCAUCCAAUGUAACGGGACUCUGACGGCGGGCGUUGCGUCAGCCCAGCAACCGCCAUCUUCCACCGCCCCCGUCCUCUUUGCCUACGGGAACAUCCAGAGUCACCACCACCACCACAACUACUACUCCACCCCACAGAACAACAACUACCACCACCAUCAUCACAGUAACUUCUAUUCCACACCACAGAAUUAUUACUGCGGGUCUCAAACAUAUUUCUGCACCCCACAGAAUUAAGCAUAAAACAGACUAAUAUCUUAAUGAUUGUCUGCAUUUGCGUCACCAUUUUGCUUCCCCAACUACAUCAAAGCAGGUACCUUUGAGAGAUAAUCUGAAAGAUUGCUGAGGACCAAGUUGGGCAUAAAAAUUGGUUUACCAAUUUAUUGAAGAAAUGUGGUGGAAUCAGCCACUGGGAAGGUGUUGUGCCAUGACAAACUGCUUUUUGAGGACUUGCACCAUCUGUAAAUGGCGUGAAUGGACCAGAAUAAAAGCAAGCGCAAUCCAUGGACCAGAGUUUUAGCACCAAUAUGGCUAAUACACCUAAAACUGCAAAGACCAAACCUUUACUGUUAAAUGUUUUGGUCAGAUUAUCAUUUUUAAAAGUGGAAUCAUCAGGGACCAGAUAAUCAUCGUUCUCAUUUUCUCUUUUUUGCAUUCCUUGCAAAUUUUAUUCAGUUAUGCUUCUGUGGGAGGUACAACAAUGCAUAGAGAGGAUCCAUGUAGCAGGCUUAUCAAGUUAAUGUGGCUAAUGCUAAUCUGUAAAUCAAGAUGUUAUAUUCACUCAGCAUUUGUCAAACUUUUAGUGGUCAAAAAUAGGUUGUGUUACUGUUUUUAGUGGGUACGCAUAUGAUCCUAGCGUGCUAAUAAACAUAAAAAAAGGGUCAUUUAGGCUGGAAAAAAAAAACAGUGAAGGAUUGACUUUGAUCCUCAAAAAGACUUCUCUGACUAUAAAAACCAAGAUUUAUGGUGUUUCUCACUUUUAGGUCUGACUACAUUUGGACAGGAAUUAGCUGUUGCUAAUUUGCCUUUAGCUGUUCGGGUAGUGAGGGCUAGCUUCUAGCCGACGCUAACAGUUAGCUUAAACUCACAAUCUUUUUAACCACCAAAACGAACAAAAAGAGACCCAACAAAGUUGAAAUACGAAAAGAAAAUUAAACGUUUCCAUCACAGACUUUGUUUUACUAACUUAUUGGUAGCAAACACGUUUUCAAACUGUGAUAGUUAACGGAGCUAUUUGUAAGUUUUGCUAUUGCUACGUAGCUACCGUUAGCAUUAGCAGCUGUUUACUUACCAGUCCAUAAG